AACUUUGAAAAUAGCACAUGCUAAAAAAAAUACAUUAACGUACCUGGAAAGGUAACAUCAACAACAACAUCUGUAUUUUCUGACAUCUGCUAGCGUGUUGAAAAUGACAAAUCCUCGAUUUAGGUGCAUGCAGAAAUAAUCUGUUCUCUUCCCUUCCCUUAGUGAUGGCCUCUGCUGAGCAAACGUGCUCCAGCUUCUACCAGCAUCACUGCGCAUAAGGAAACACACCCACCUUUGCCCUCCUGCCCAGAAGUGAGCGAGACACCACCAUGUACAGUGUGGAAGACCUCCUCAUUUCGCACGGAUAUAAAUUGCCGAAGAGCGGCCCUCCAUCUGCCACGCCUUUUGACAAACGCCCUGCUGAUUGCCAGCGUGAACUUGUGGACAACAGGGCUGUCCGGGGGACACUGAACGGGUAUGAGGCGGGCCGGGGGGCAUCUAUCACAGGCAUCUAUGGCAGCAGGCAGGCACUGGUGAAGGGCUACCCCGCCACUGACAACGAGAGCGGGGAAAGGAUCCUAAGGAGAAAAGAAAUCGGCAUCGGUAUCCUAGGUGACGCUCAGCCCUUGGGUGAUUCUCUCGCCACAGAUAGUGGGUUCUACGAUGUUCCCAGUUUGACAUAUUCAGAGCCGCUAUGCCAUGAUGAGAGGGAUGUCUCCUACUGGCGGAGGCGAGGCCAGGACUUCAGCAUCCUCCUGGACUAUGCUGAUGGCAGGGAGCUGAGGGCCUCUGCAGGCGCAUGGAGGCCACAGGCCCUGAUUGCAGCAGAGGAACACAGAGCAGAGAGGCAAGCGCAGCAGUUAUGGGAGGACAUUUCCUGGCUAAGGGACUUGGAUGCAGCCCCUGGUCAACUAAGGGUGACUGGGGAGAGGAAGUGCCAGAGCCUCGGUACAGAGGAGUGGAGGCCUGCUGUGGGCCUGGGAAGGCAGCUGUCGGAUGGGGACGGUGACAGGUGGGCUCAGGACCAGUACCGCCUGAGGACACCUGAGGGUUUUUUUCACCCUAGAACUAAAGCAAAGUCUCAGUCUCUCCCCAGAGUUUUGUCACCUGAUGAAAUUGCCAGCAGAGAGUUCAUUCCAUCCAGGCCUAGCUUACCUGAUAGACAACAGAGGAUAAGCAGCACUGUCUUCUCUGGGCCCUAUAGUAGGUAUAUCUAUAGUGGUGCUGUUGUCAGGGACCGGUGGGGUAGGAAUGCAGGGCCAAGCAGCCAUGUUGCACUUUUACCAAAGCCCAGGUUCAGCAGGCCUUUAAAGCCUCCGUCAUAUGAGAUUCACCAGCAGACUAGAGGUAGCGCAGAAAUGCUUGCUAUAGACCAGGGUGCCAAACAAAAAGAAAGGCCUAUCUACUAUCCAAGGGGUGGGGAGCUGAGACAAGACUAUUUCGCACAACACUCUGCCAUUUCUGGAAUGGAGCCACCUGGCUACAUCCCACCCCCAUCUUAUAGAAGAGGCCCACCUCCAAGAUCAGUUUCAGUCAACCGCAAUGAAAUGGCAAACCUAAGAUGGAGGGCUGAAGCUCUGCAGAUGCCCAGCUCAGAUCCUGGAAGGUGGUUUUACAGACAGGCAGGUUCAUGGCUGGAACACUAUGGAGAUCGUGGUGCAUCCUAUCGAAAACAGGUACAUUCUGGAUAUGAAGAACAACCAGGUCAUGCCCGUCAAUUACCCUCUGGACUUGAAGAACAACCAGGUCAUGCCCGUCAAUUACCAACUGAAGACCCAAGAGUGAAGCAAAUCUCAGGAGGGCCUAGCGGAAAUUCUCUCACUGACUCAGACAAGAUCCGUAACAUCAACAAAGAGAUUCCGUCUGCUACGAUUUUAGGACAAUCUACACAUGAUAGUGCCUUUCCUCCUCAACAGGGGUCAUCUCUCAAUACCGACAGCCGCAAAACAUCUCUCAAUGACAACGACAGCAGCAAUCGAUGGUGCAACAGGGGAUUAAACAAAAAAAGUGACAGUGUAGGUCCUGAACAAAACCGUAGUCAGUUUUUUCCUUCAUCUAUUCUGGGUAAACCACCACCUCCCCCAUGCAAGUCGGCUGACCAGAGCGUCUCUGAAACUGUGACAGAAGUAAAAAAGGUGGAACAACCUGAACCACCAGAGAAGGACAAAUCCAAGAAUCUAAAAAAGAGACUCAGUGAGACAAUUUUUUGUUUGGUGUCUGUACCAGUUACUCCGCAGCUCAGCGGGAUAAUCCGUGAUCAGAAUAACAACAAUGAGAAGUCACCAGACCCGGCGGACAGUCCAAGUGACAACAAAACUGGCCAUUUAACAAACCAAAGUCUCCAAAGCACAUCUUCAGCUGAAGCUGAGCUGCAAGCACUAACUGGUAGCAUAGCGAGCAGCAAAACAAGCAGUAGAGCGAGCAGCAAAAUGUUUAAAAGAGUACCCUGUAGACCACCUAAAAUAAACCAUUACAAGGAGAUGAAACUGUCGGGAUCCUGGCCUGCAAACCAGUAUCGAGACCAGGAGACACAAACUAGCCCAGAGGCCCAAAAACCUGCCUCUGAAAACAAGGAAGCACAACAAGACCCUGUCCCUCCCGGCACUGAAGUCCCUCCUGAUAGCAGCGGUGUAGUGGGCACCGCCUUCAGUUUUCCUAUAAAGGGAGUAAAGAGCCUGAAAUUGUCAAGCAACAGCGCCUUCUCCCUGACCGCCACCUUCUCCAACCAGCUGAAUAAGAGCACAGCUCAGCAGCCAGCAGUACCACCCUCAGGAAAUGUGGAGGAGACCAAACCAGCAGCAAAUAGUGGGCAGGAGGUAUUCGAACAGUUUCUGCUGAAACCGGCCAGCCAGCGUCCAUGGGAUGCUGUGAAAGAGCUGGAGACUAUCAAAAAAGAAGUCCAGGAUCAACAGCAGCAGCAGAGCAGCAAACAGCCCAGUGUUGAUAAGUGCAUAGAGGACCUCAACGAGGCCUACAAAGACAUAUUGGAGCUAGGCACUGCCAGCAAUAAAGUCCCAAAUGGUUCUGUUCAAAUCCCUGAGCGUAUCAAAAUCCGAUUAACAUCAGAACCUCUCAACAAGCCCAGCAGCCUUAGGCGCAGUGCAGUAAGCUGGUCUGUUGACCCAGAAUACAGGGAAGUCAAGAGCGCCUUCUCCAGGCCUGCAACAAAGUCGGUAACCUUCAGCAAGCAGCUUAGGGAGGAGCUCCCUGUCCCACCUCGGGAGCCAGGCUUCAGAGAAUACAGGGUUGUUUCACAUCUUUCGCGCAGACGGAGCAACGAUGGCAGGACAGUGAAACUAGACCUGCCAGAUGAGCCUAUUGAGACACCACUUUGUGACUUCAGUCCAACAACGCGCACCGCAGCAGCUGAAAUGCCAUGGGCAGAUAGACAGCCCAUGCAGGAUGCUUCUACGCUCACUAGUCCUCCUGAUUAUGAGGACAUAUGCCAGACUUUGCGUCAGCCUAAAGACGCAACGGAUGUCAAUAAAGCAUCCACGGGCAGUUUUAAACCUAAUGACGCAGAGACUCUUCAAGAUCGCAGUGCUGAAUCAGAGGAGGAGUGCCCUAUUUGUAAAAGAGAGCUUGAGAAUCAGAUGAGACAGGGCCCAUUGCCUCCACUUCAUGAGGAGAACAGCUCGGACAGCUCGACCAAUCAAAAUGGCAGUCCACCACAACGUGUUGCGUUAGAAAGUCCAGCAGAAUAUAUAAAAACAGAGGAGCCAAAUGACUCAAGUUUGAAUCAGUCAGGGUCUGACCUGUGUGCUGAAACAAGGGAGCCGCAUUCAAUGACACAGGAAAAUGUGGGAGGGGGUGAAACAACGGGCAAUGUUCCGGCAGAAAACUUGGAUAAUUUAUGCGCAGUUAAUCCUGCCGAAAAAAUACCAGUGAAUGGAGCUACAGAGGAGAGCACAUCCACAAUAUCAGCAAAUGAUGUGCCAGCAGACCCCCAAGUCACAGAGGAGCACAGUGUUAGUGAAACAAUAACUAAGGAAGUAGAAUUAGGAGCGAAGGAAGCCAUUACAAGAGAAACACCUCAGGGUGGUGCAGACAAACAAACUGCUGAAGUGAAAAGUGAGUGUGAGGGACAAGACAGUACAAUGCCUGAUGACAAGCAGGAGCAAGAAAAGAAGCCAUUUGCUGUUCCAGAGCAUAGACUUGGUUUACGGACUCAUUUGGGGCGAGACCACCCAGGGUUGCCAGAGUUUCCGCCAGAUAGACUGCCACUUUCAGUUCCCCCAAACCUAGACCGCAGGCUGUCUCUUAGCUUGGAGGGGGAGAGGAGGAGCAAGGGCCCCUCCCACCGAAUGGAAGCCUUGCAGACCAAGCUGGCUAUUUCUCCAGGUCGUGUGGCAGUUGAGCGCCUGGCCCGGAUGAGGGAGGUGGACGUUAUGUAUCGCAUGAGGCGCCUCAGCAUUAGGAGUACUGACUCUGGGGAGGGGGAGGCAGAGGGAGACGGCAAGGACGAACAAGAGGAGGAGCCCCACCCUUCUCCUCAGAGAGACACACAGAACGAUCAAGAUCAAGAGAUCACCCAUUCACAGCAGGUCUCUGAGGAGACAGUGUUGCAAGAUGAGGAGUCAUCUCUUUCAGAACCCCAUGAUCCAAGCAGAGUGGUGAAAGUGUAGAAAGACUGCGUCCAUCAUCUCCAUCUGAGGUUUUUAGCUCUAACACUGUGACCUGGCUGCCUACUAGAAUGCCUUCAUCUCAUCUUGACACUGAAAUGGCCUUCUUGUCCGACAAGAGCAUUGUGUACACCCUCACCCUCGGCGCUGCGUUGACUACUAAGAGUGCUGUUCCACUGCCAAAGGGAGGUGCCCCUUUAACUUUUGGGGCAACUUCCACCUCGAAUCCCUCCCCAGCCUUCCCAAACUGACUUCCCACUACCCCAUCUUUCCUCCAUCCCCAAGCCCAUCCCCUUAGGGGGUUUCAACUAGUUAGUCUUCUUGUAGCGGCUUGUCCUUUCUCUUCUAUCCUCCCUAUGCUUUUUUCAUUGGCAGACAUUAUGCAAUUCUGUUGUGCAUUCUAGAACUUUUAAAAUGUCCAUAGUGAAUACAGUCAAGACAUUUUUCGCAUACUGAACGAAUCUGUUUGUUUACGAGCGAGCUGUUAAGGAUAUGAAUGUAAGCGUUUAUGUUUAACCUAACGUAGACUAAGAAGGGUUAUUGACACAAACCUGUUCUGUUGCAUUUAAACCACACCAAAAUAAACUGCGUAUCUGAUUGUCGUGGUGAGGCGACAGCUGUUUUAGAACUGGACAUCACUGUCUCUGGCUCAAGAACUGUUUUGAUUAUUUUUUUUAGAUGAGAUAAAUAAGCCUUUCUUUUUUUUAUUUAACGACAUUGUGCCCUGUCUCAUUGCUUUUGUACACACUGCAACCAUAACAUAUAGAGCUCUUCAAUGAAGAGUGACUCUACACCACGUGACAUGAUAGACCAGUGACCUAUUAUACGUUACAUUGGUUCUACGCUGGACAGGGGGAAUUGCCUUCUUUAACUAGAUGUGUGUUAGUCCUCUGAUCAAUCCGAUGUAUAGCUCCCAUUUCCAGGUAAUUUCAGGAAGCAAUAAAGGCACGGAUUGAGUAUAAUUGUUGGUUGGCAUAUUUGAUAAACUUUAAAGAUGGAUGUAGGGAUAUAGAACAAAAAAAGAUAGGUAGAGCAAUAUUGUUGUACAAACAGCUCAGUGGUGUAGUGGAGCUACCUGUAGGAACCAUUGUCAGGAGUUUCAAUGUGAACGUGUCAUUCAAAUCAUAUUACAGGGAUAUGGAAUCGUGUCAGGGUAUAUGGGCGCUUAACAGGGGGUGGGUGCUGCUUUACUUCAUGAUAUAUGUUCAUACAUCGGUAUUGCAAAGAGACAACAUUUCACGGAAAAUUUAUUUUUGUUAUCAUUGAAUUGUUAAUCAGUUUGCAUAAUGUACAAAAUAAAGUAUAUUUUAAAUAUUUUAAGAGAUAUUUUGUAUUUAACCAUGACAUUUUAUUGCUCAACACUUAUAUCAAGCUCAAAGUAUCAUAUGUCUGUAUAGUAUCAUAAUGAGAGUAUACAUAAUUUUCUAGUGCUUUAAAAUCUAACAGAGUGAUAUAAGAAGGGAUGGCCCUGUGGUAUGCCUUGAUCACACGAUUCGGUUUCAGUGAGCGAUAGGGUUCAUCAUUGCCAGUGUUGUGAUGGAAACUUUUUGAUUGUGCCAUGAUAUCCUAUUUGAUAGUGCUUUUUCAUAUGCUGACAGAGUCAAUGUUAGACGCUCCUUGUGAUAAUUGAUACAUUAAUCCAUCUCAGCUGUAUUUCCUAUGUCGGUGUCUUAUUUUUGUCUUUGUAUGUCUUCCAAUUCAAAUCAUGUAUUGUUCUGUUGUUGGUUCCUCAAAACAUGUUUAGAAAUAAAAUUGGGAACUUUCUUUCUUUUCCUUCCUUCCACCCUCCCUUUCUUCUUCUCCUUCUACUCCUAAGUUCCUCUAUUCUGUCUUUGUUUCUUUCAUUGCAAAGCGUGUUCAUUUUGUGUAAAAUGUUCUGCUGUCCCCAACACUUGCACUAAAGGAUACAAUGCAGUAUGCUAUUUUUGGCUAAAAACCACGAAUUUGCAAAAACUAUGAAAAGAGAGUUUUUUUUUAAAAACAGGGGAUUUUAAUACAUUUAAAAUCAUAUCUCAAAACCUUAAUAAUGAUUUAAAAAAUCGUCUUAUUGAUAAAAACAUGUUUGCAGUUACGUGAUUUUUCCCACAACAGCAGUGCUGCAUUGAUGUAACGCAUCAAAAGAUUUGUAGUAAACCAUCACUGUUUAAUCACUCACCAAGUAUCACUUAAUUGUUAUGUAGCAUUUUACAGUUGUAGCAUUUUAUCAACUCAGAACUUUGUCUAAGAACUUAAAACAUUUCUUGUAAAUUUGGAAUAAUCAUGUCGCCUUAUUAUGUGUGCAUUACAUUAUACUCCAGGCAAUGCCAAAUAUUAACCUACUAAGCACUGUUUCAUACCUUAGGUUUUUAAAAACAACUUACUGUUCUGCCAUCCCUCUGGCUGGAGAGGUACAAGUAGCAUUGUGGAUAGUUUCUGCUUUUCAUGUUGUUUUUCUGUAGAAACACUGAAUCAAAACUGUGAACUUCAAAUAACACAAAAAGCAUAAUUUCAAAAAGUACAGGAUGAGAUUCAGUGUUUCAAGACAAGCCCAUGGUCAGCACCACAGGGAGGAUAAGCUGGCACGUCCAUAAUUACUGACACAUCUCAUUUUCAAUUCAUUUUGGAGACUGAAAGGCUUUGCCUCUGUCUUGUGUGUAAACUGCCCCUGAUGACAUUUAAAUAGCUAUUUCAGUACAUACGCCCCCGAAUAAUUGGCAUGUCAGGUACACUUUAACAUAGUGUCAUUUGACCUUUUGUACUGCAGGUUAUGUGCAACAUGAAGUAAUUAUGCACACUUGUAAUAUUUUCUAUUUUCAUAUGAGAUUUAAGUGCUUUUUGUACUCACUGACAUCUUUUUUUCUUCCUUGCAUGAAAUGCAAGAAAGGAAGGAAAAAAAUGUUUUUCAUAAAGUAUUGCAUUUGGUACUCCAAUAGUAAAUCCAGUGGGCAAACAUUAUGUUUCAUAAUUUAAUUUACAAACUAUGCCAAGUAUUAAAAAGCUAUUUUUAGAGUAAUUCAAAAGAGAACUCAUUCAUUUUUUUCCUUUAAGACAUACCUUUAUCUUUGUAUCUAUAAAUAUGAGCAUAAUCCAUAGUCAUAUGAUUGUGCUACUGUUGUAUGAUACUGCAGUCUGAUUCAUAAAUAAACUCUUUGCAUGAAAGUUGUGUUUGUGAUCAAUUGCCGAGGGGCCAUCUACGGGAUUUAUUUCAUGUACUGUAUAAGGUUUACAUAUCCACUGGGGAAAAUAAUACUUUUUUUGUUCU